UUGCAGCCUGGGACAAGAUCUAUGCAGGCUCGCUAGAUCACAGAGCACUUCUCGGGAUCUUAAGGAAGCUCAAAGCUUGUUCAAUGCACAACUCUGUUUAAAGUACCUUAAGUUAAGGUACAGGUGGUGCUUUAUCAGGACUGGACCCCACCAAAAAGCGAUCUAAUAAAUAUCCACCCAAAAACAUCCAAAGAUGACGAUGCCCACUCCCUUGAUCAGCAACAAUAACCAUUCACAUCAACGUCUGAUCACUGCCGUCGACUGCCACAACGCGCACAAGAUACGACAUACAGUUACAUCACAGACGUCGAAAUGUCUCUCCCGCCUUCGACGAUUCGCAUCAAGCGCAAGCGCGACGACAGCGAAGCGCCCGUAACCUUUCUCCAACUCGACGAGACUGUGAAACGAGCGAGGAAUGGUAGUGGCUACAUUUACCAGCGCAAGCAACCUACACUCCCAGCAUCCGUCGACGCGCCAGCGACACCGCGACAAGAUGCUAAACCAACCAUCCACGUGUCCCCAUCGCCCAUCCCGCCGCGCAAAACCCUCUCGCCGAAACCGAGCUUGUCAAGACUUCGAUCGGAGACACAAAGGCGUUUUCACCUGAGUAAAUCGAAUUUGUCCGCGCAAGGGAGCGGGGUGCUCAAGAAGCGCCCAUCGGGCCCGGCUGUCUUUGUCGAGAGGAAUCGCAAGAGGGUGGCGCAACGACUCAAAGAGCAGCGAGGGGAGUCUGGUCUCGCCGACGAAAAGAAAGAGCAUGCUUCAGUGGGGGAGACGGCGACGCCGCGCAAGCUGAAGCGACCAGGCACAAAGGCCGUUGCGGCGCAAAAGCCAGCAGCCAGUGCCACGCCCCUGCCGGCUUCUGUUGCGAGACCGCACGCAGAGAAUAUGGAACGCAUCACGGCAGACAUGAAUUCGUGGGUCAUGGCGGAAAUUGGCGCUACUUUGCAAGAGAUGGACCGGGAGAAGCAGAGGACAGCAGCGCGGGCGCGACCGAAAGCACCAGCCCUGCGCUAUGCGGACCGACAUCCAGAGUCGAGGACACACGCACCCGGGAACAAAGGGGAUGACGAUGCCAUGGCGAUCGACUCUAGCGACGACGAGGAUGGCGACUGGGUGAUUGAGGAGUACGUCCGGAUCCCUCUGCAGAGCAUGGCUGUCGACGUCAACCCCGGCGACGUGGGCGUCCUGGUUCUCGAGGGCGAGGAGGAGGACGUCUUCUUCUUUGGGCCGGCCCAUGAUGAGGAUGAUGACUACCUCGAGGACGAUGAGGACGAAAACGCCGAGAAUCAUUAUACAGCCGACUACCCCGAGGACGAGGUGGAUUCUGAUGAUGAAUACAAUCGUCACGCCUACUUUUACCGCACUCAGAAUGCGUCUGAUGACGAGGAAUAUGACAACGACCGGUUCGAGUAUCGCAGCGACGACGGAGAGGACGGUUUUGUCAUGGAGGGCGAUGACCACGAGGAAGUCACCAUGGCACGAAUCAAGCGGUUCAUGGAGAGGUCGCGCGAAGCUGAGUACCGCUAGGAUAGCUACCCGACAAGAGAACGACAGUUGUGGUGAUGGCACGUUAUUUCCUGCGCCGACUUGUAUGAGCGACUGGACAAGGAUGAUAAACUUGAGAAGUGCACAAUCAUUGUAGUAUCCCAUUAGCGUUCGUAUGGAGUAUGGCGCCUAUUGAAAGGCGCCCCCAUUCAUCCAGAGUCAUCUUCCGCCCGCCCUUGAAAAUGAAGUAUAUAGUAAAGAAGAAGGAAGAAACGAGAAGAAAAAGCACGACUUUUUAGUGUACAGUCGAUUCGGCCGCUCCCAGUGGUAUAUAAACACCAU